AUGUCCAGUUCUAAUUGUUGCUUCUUGACCUGCAUACAGGUUUCUCAGGAGGCAAGUAAGGUAGUCUGGUAUUCCCAUGUCUUUAAUAAUUUUCCACAGUUUGUUGUGCUCCACACAGUCGAAGGCUUUAGUGUAGUCAAUGAAGCAAAAGUGGAUGUUUUCCUGGAAUUCCCCUGUUUUUUCUGUGAUCCAAUAAAUGUUGGCAAUUUGGUCUCAGGUUCCUCUGCCUUUUCUAAAUCCAACUUGAACAUCUGGAAAUUCUUGGUUCACAUACUGUUGAAGUCCAGCUUGAAGGAUUUUGAGCAUCACCUUGCUACCAUGUGA